CGCAGCAGAGAGUCCCGGGCCGCGUCCCCGUUGCUAGGAAACCGCCUCGGCGGGUGCUGAGAGAUGCUGAGCCUGGAGGAGCGCAUGGCGCGGGCCGAGCAGAACGCGGAGGAGGAACCUGCCGCCGACCCGCGACUGCGGCUCCUGGGCGCCUACGUGGCCCGGAGCCUACGUCCCGCUGCGGGCGCUUGGGAGCGAUGCACCGGGACGGCAGAGGCGGAGCACCUGCUCCGAGACUUUUUGGGCCGCAGCAGUGCUGAGGAGGGUCCGCGGCCGCUGCUGCUGGUGCAGCCCGGUCCUGGGGGCCUGGCCGUGCGAGCCGGGCUGGAUGCUGGGCUGCCGCGGGCUAAGGGGCUGUUUUUCCUGCGCACCAGCCCCGAGCCGCCCGGACCCCGCAGCCUCCGCGGGGCUGUGCUGUGUGGGGACUUGCCCGCAGCGCCUCUGCAGCACCUGGCCGCGCUGUUUGCAGAGGUUAUUAUCCCUGUCUUGACCAAUGAGAAGAACCAUUUAGACUGGCCCCACGUCUUGUGUCAAGACAUCAGGCGGCAUGUCCACCAUCUCCAGUGUGAAUUCUUGGUUAUCCUUGAGCAAGUGAAAGGGAAAACUUUGCUGCCUCUUCCAGUAGGUUCAGAAAAAAUGCAGUUUGUGGAUUCUGAAAGUGAAGCUAUCUUGGAUUCCACAGAUAAGUCAGUCAUCUAUGCUAUUGAGUCUGCAGUGAUCCAAUGGAGUCACCGAGUUCAGGUGGUACUCAAGAGAGAAUCUUCCCAACCACUCAUAAAAGGGGAGAACCCAACCCCUAAGGUGGAGUUGGAAUUCUGGAAAAGCCGGUCUGAGGAUCUGGAAUACAUUUACAAUCAACUGAGAACAAUAAAGGUGAGGGGUAUGACCGAACUCCUGGACAAGCUUCAGAGCAGCUAUUUCCCAGCUUUCCAAGCCAUGUUCAGGGAUAUUGUAGCAGCUCUGAAAGAGGCACAGGACAUCCACACCCACUUGAUGCCACUGCACCGCCACUUAGAAACCAUCGAGGGAAUGGAAUUCCCGGAAGUAAAGCCCAGGCUGCGACCUCUGCUCCAUGUGGUCUGUUUGAUCUGGGCCACUUGCAGCCCCUAUCGCUGCCCAGGACGGCUCACUGUGCUGCUUCAGGAGAUCUGCAACCUUCUUAUCCUGCAGGCCUCAAAUUACCUCAGCCCAGAAGAUCUCCUGAGAAGUGAGGUAGAAGAAAGUCAGAGAAAACUGCACGUGGUCGUGGAUACUUUGAGUUUUUUCAAGCAGGUGUUUCAGGACAGAAGAGAGAAGCUCCAUACAUAUUUCAAAGAGAGCCAUGAAGUAAAGAAUUGGGAUUUUCAGUCUUCCUUGGUCUUUGUGCGACUGGAUGAUUUCCUAGGACGACUGCACAUGGUAGAGGACCUUCUGAAUACAACGUUGGAUUUCCAGAAACUGGAAAAGCUCGAAUUUAGUGGCAUCAGAGGGAAUGCCUUGAGUCAGCAGGUCCAGCAAAUGUAUGAUGAAUUCCAAGAAAUGUACCGAGUCUUCUCAGAAUCUUCCUAUGACUGCUUGGAACCCCAAAGCAGGGAAUUUGAAAACGAUCUAUUUGAAUUUAACCAGAGGGUAGAAGAUCUCGACCGGAGACUGGGAACUAUUUUUAUUCAAGCUCUUGAAGAUGCACCUGAUUUGGAACAUGCCUUUAAGCUGCUAGACAUAGCAGGAAACCUCCUUGAAAGACCACUGGUAGCAGUGGAUGUUUCAGACAAACUCUGGAUACUCAUCCAAAUGUUCAACAGAGACCUGGAUAUGGUCAGAACAAUCUACAGUCAGCGUAUCCAGCAAGAGGCAGAACUUGGGUUCUCCACAGUGCACAAGAACAUGCCCACUGUGGCUGGGGGCCUCCGCUGGGCACAGGAGCUGAGGCAGCGUAUCCAGAAACCGUUCAGCAACUUCCAGCGCCUCACACAUCCUUGCAUGGAAUCUGCUGAAGGAAAGAGAAUGAUACAAAAGUAUGAAGACACCAUGUCAUUGCUGGAAAUAUAUGAGAAGAGACUUUAUGAGAACUGGUGUCAGACAGUGUCAGAGAAGUCGCAAUACAACCUUUCUCAGUCACUUCUGAAACGUGACCGGGAGACCAAGCAGAUCACCGUCAACUUUAACCCCCAGCUGAUUUCUGUGCUGAAAGAAAUGCGUUAUCUUGAACCCAGACCAAUGGAGCACAUCCCCGAGACGGCAGCGACCAUGUUCUCCUCCCGAAAGUUUUAUCGGCAGCUUGUGGCUCACUUGGAGUUGAUGGCGAAUUGGUACAACAAGGUCAUGAAAACUCUGCUAGAGGUGGAAUUUCCACUAGUGGAGGAACAGCUGCGAAAUAUUGAUCUCUGCUUGAAGGCCGCGGAGGAGAUGCUAAACUGGAAAUCAGAAGGCAUUUGGGAUUAUGUCAUUAAAACCGCAAAUAGUAUUCACAAUUUUGAACAAAGAAUUCAGAAAACGAAAGACAAUGUGGAAGAAAUCAAAACCAUCAUGAAAACAUGGGUGUCCCCAAUAUUUAAGAGAAAAGAUGGAAAAAAGGAAUGCCUUCUUGCUAUGGAUGAUCAACAUGACCGAGUGGAAAAACACUACAGUCUCAUCAAAGAAUCUGGCUCUAAAAUUCAUGCUCUUGUUCAGGAAAACUUGCAUCUGUUUUUAGCAGACCCAACUUCCAAUAGCUGGAAGACUUAUGUCAAAUACAUUGAUGACAUGUUGCUGGAUGGAUUUUUUCUUGCCAUUGAGUGUUCCCUCAAGUACCUCCUGGAAAAUACUGAAUACAAGGCAGGGCUUACCCCAGUGUUUGAAGCUCAGUUGAACUUGACAGUCCCAGAGCUGGUUUUCUGUCCAUCUCUAGAGUCCGGGGUGAAGGGCGGCUUCUAUGACAUCGUUGAGAGUCUGGUCAUCAAGAUUUUCAGAAUAUCAUCUUUGGUCCCACGAGUGUCCCCAUGGAAUGGUUCCCCUCACUAUCAGGCUGACAUGGAAGGCACGAGUGAUUUGACAAACAUGCGAAACAGGCUUAUGGAGAGAGUCCAGAACAUGAUGAGUCUUUGCUGCAGCUAUCGAAACACCUUUAAUCAAUAUUCCUACCUCUAUGUGGAGGACCGGAAAGAGAUUCUCAGUCAGUUUUUGUUAUAUGGACAUGUCCUCACACCUGAGGAGAUUGAAGCCCAGGCAGAAGAUGCCAUCCCAGAGAGCCCACCCCUUCUCCACCAGUUUAAAGCACAGAUUGAUUCCUAUGAGAAGCUCUAUGAAGAAGUGAGCAGACUGGAGCCUAUCAAGGUAUUUGACAACUGGAUGAAGAUUGAUGUGAGACCCUUUAAAGCAACUCUGCUGAAUAUCAUUAAAAGAUGGAGCCUCAUGUUCAAACAGCAUCUUGUUGACUAUGUCACUAAUAGCUUGGCUGACCUUGAUCUGUGUAUCAGAAAUAGUGAGAGCGGUUUACUCAAGAAAGUUGAGAAAGGAGAUUUCAAAGGAUUGGUUGAGAUCGUGGGGCACCUUGUGGCUCUUAAAGACCGGCAGGGCAGCACUGAUGAGAUGUUCGAGCCCUUGAAGCAAACUAUUGAAUUGCUGAGGAACUAUGAGCAGGAAUUGCCGGAAACGGUCUUCUUGCUACUGGAGGAGCUGCCUGAGAAGUGGAACAAAUUAAAAAAGAUGGCCGUCACCGUGAGGCAGCAGGUAGCCCCACUGCAGGCGAAUGAAGUGACCCUCCUCCGCCAGAGGUGCACAGCCUUCGAAGUUGAACAGCAGCAGUUCCUGGAGCAGUUCCACAAAGAGGCUCCCUUCCGGUUUGAUAGCACUGACCCUCAUCAAAUGUUGGAUGUCAGGCACAUGGAGAUACUUGAGAUGGAAUCCACCAUGGCCUCCAUUUCUGAGUCCGCCAGUUUAUUUGAGGUCAGUGUUCCUGAUUACAAGCACCUGAAGCAGUGUAGGAAGGAGGUCUGUCAAUUGAAAGAGCUUUGGGACACAAUUGGGAUGGUGACCUCCAGUAUCCGUGCCUGGGAGAGCACCAAGUGGAAGGACAUUAAUGUGGAGGCGAUGGACUUGGAGUGCAAAAGGUUUACCAGGCACAUCAGGAACCUUGACAAGGAGGUCAGGACUUGGGAUGCUUUCACAGGCUUGGAAAGCACUGUGGUGAACACCUUGACCUCUCUGAGGGCAGUGGCCGAGCUGCAGAACCCAGCCAUCCGGGAACGGCAUUGGAGGCAACUGAUGCAGGCAACAGGUGUGAGCUUCGCCAUGGACGAGGGCACGACUCUUGCACACCUCCUGCAGCUCCAGUUGCACCACUUUGAGGAUGAAGUCCGGGGCAUUGUCGACAAAGCUGUGAAAGAGAUGGGUAUGGAGAAGACCUUAAAGGAGCUGCAAACGACCUGGGCUGGCAUGCAGUUCCAGUAUGAGUGCCACCCCCGUACCCGUGUCCUGCUGCUUCAGUGUGAUGACGACCUCAUUGAGGUGCUGGAGGACAACCAAGUGCAACUUCAGAAUCUGAUGAUGUCCAAAUACAUCGCCUUCUUCCUGGAGGAAGUGUCAGGCUGGCAGAAGAAGCUGUCCACAGCUGACGCCGUCAUCGCCAUCUGGUUUGACGUGCAGCGCACAUGGUCUCAUCUAGAAAGUAUAUUCAUCGGAUCUGAAGAUAUACGGGCCCAGCUUCCCCAGGAUUCUAAAAGAUUUGAAGGCAUCGAUAUUGAUUUUAAAGAGCUAGCUUAUGAUGCUCAGAAAACUCCAAAUGUGGUGGAAGCCACCAACAAAUCAGGACUUUAUGAAAAACUGGAAGAUAUCCAGAGCAGAUUGUACCUGUGUGAGAAAGCCCUGGCAGAGUACCUGGAUACCAAAAGACUUGCCUUCCCUAGGUUUUACUUUCUCUCCUCUUCUGAUCUCCUGGACAUCCUUUCCAAUGGCACAGUUCCACAACAGGUUCAACGCCAUCUUUCCAAACUCUUCGACAAUAUGGCCAAGAUGCAAUUUCAGGAAGAUUCCAGUGAGAAACCAAGUAAGACAAGUCUUGGCAUGUACAGCAAGGAAGAUGAGUAUGUUGCCUUCAGUGAGCCCUGUGACUGCAGUGGGCAGGUAGAAGUAUGGUUGAACCACGUGCUUGCUCACAUGAAGGCCACUGUGAGGCACGAGAUGACUGAAGGUGUAACCGCCUAUGAAGAAAAGCCAAGGGAGCAGUGGCUCUUUGAUUAUCCGGCUCAGGUGGCCCUGACCUGCACCCAGAUAUGGUGGACCACAGAGGUGGGCAUUGCAUUUGCCAGACUGGAGGAAGGUUAUGAGACUGCCAUGAAGGAGUAUUACAAGAAGCAAGUGGGACAACUCAAAACCCUAAUCACCAUGCUGAUUGGCCAGCUCUCCAAGGGGGACCGGCAGAAGAUCAUGACCAUAUGUACCAUAGAUGUGCAUGCUCGGGAUGUGGUGGCUAAGAUGAUUGCUCAGAAAGUAGACAAUGCCCAGGCUUUUCUCUGGCUGUCUCAAUUGCGCCAUCGUUGGGAUGAUGAGGCCAAACACUGCUUUGCCAAUAUCUGUGAUGCUCAGUUUCUAUACUCCUAUGAAUAUCUGGGAAAUACACCUCGCCUGGUGAUCACACCUUUGACAGACAGGUGCUACAUAACUCUCACCCAGUCUCUGCACCUGACCAUGAGUGGGGCUCCAGCAGGACCUGCAGGCACAGGAAAGACGGAGACCACCAAGGACUUGGGUCGAGCUUUGGGCAUCAUGGUCUAUGUAUUUAACUGCUCAGAACAGAUGGACUACAAGUCUUGUGGCAACAUCUACAAAGGUCUUGCACAGACUGGUGCCUGGGGCUGCUUUGAUGAAUUUAAUCGCAUCUCUGUGGAAGUCCUGUCCGUGGUGGCAGUUCAGGUAAAAAGCAUUCAAGAUGCAAUUCGAGAUAAGAAGCAGCAGUUCAACUUCCUCGGGGAGGAGAUUAGCCUGAAUCCCUCUGUGGGUAUCUUCAUCACCAUGAACCCAGGCUAUGCUGGCCGCACAGAACUACCUGAGAACCUCAAGGCUCUCUUUAGACCUUGUGCGAUGGUUGUUCCAGACUUUGAGCUGAUCUGUGAAAUCAUGCUGGUUGCAGAAGGGUUCAUUGAAGCCCGAUUAUUAGCUAGAAAGUUCAUCACCCUUUACCAGUUGUGCAAAGAACUCCUCUCCAAACAGGAUCACUAUGACUGGGGAUUGAGGGCUAUUAAGUCCGUCCUGGUGGUGGCAGGAUCCCUGAAGCGAGGAGAUCCUGACCGGCCGGAGGACCAAGUCUUAAUGCGCUCAUUGAGAGAUUUCAACAUCCCCAAGAUUGUGACUGAUGAUAUGCCCGUUUUCAUGGGCCUGAUUGGGGAUCUCUUUCCUGCCCUGGAUGUCCCUCGAAGGAGAGACCUCAACUUUGAAGCGUUGGUUAGGAAGGCCAUAGUGGAUUUGAAGCUCCAGGCUGAGGAUAACUUUGUGCUCAAGGUAGUCCAGCUGGAAGAGCUCCUGGCAGUGAGGCACUCUGUGUUCGUGGUGGGCAGUGCUGGUACUGGCAAGUCCCAGGUGUUGAGGUCUUUGCACAAGACCUAUCAGAUCAUGAAGCUUCGCCCUGUCUGGACUGACCUCAAUCCCAAAGCAGUGACAAAUGACGAACUGUUUGGCAUCAUCAAUCCAGCCACACGAGAAUGGAAGGAUGGAUUGUUCUCUUCCAUCAUGCGGGAACUCACAAACAUCACUCAUGAUGGACCCAAGUGGAUUUUGCUGGAUGGUGACAUAGAUCCAAUGUGGAUUGAAUCUCUGAAUACUGUCAUGGAUGACAACAAGGUGCUGACCCUGGCGAGCAAUGAGAGAAUCCCUCUGAAUCCCACAAUGAGGCUCCUCUUUGAGAUCAGCCACUUGCGAACUGCCACACCAGCCACUGUCUCUAGAGCAGGGAUACUGUACAUCAACCCAGCAGACCUGGGCUGGAAUCCUCCGGUGAGCAGCUGGAUUGACAAGAGGGAGAUCCAGACAGAAAGAGCCAACUUAACCAUUCUGUUUGACAAGUAUCUUCCAACCUGCCUAGACACACUCAGAACCAGAUUUAAGAAGAUAAUUCCAAUUCCAGAGCAGAGCAUGGUCCAAAUGUUGUGCCACCUCCUUGAGUGUCUGCUCACCAAAGAAGAUAUUCCUCCAGAUUGCCCCAAGGAGAUCUAUGAACUUUAUUUUGUGUUUGCUGCCAUCUGGGCUUUUGGUGGAGCAAUGGUCCAAGAUCAGCUUGUGGACUACAGGGCAGAGUUCAGCAAAUGGUGGCUGACAGAGUUCAAGACAGUUAAGUUUCCUUCUCAGGGAACCAUAUUUGACUACUACAUAGACCCAGAGACUAAGAAAUUUGAGCUCUGGUCCAAGCUCAUCCCCCAAUUUGAAUUUGACCCAGAGAUGCCUUUGCAGGCUUGUCUGGUGCACACAAGUGAGACCAUCCGAAUAUGCUACCUCAUGGAGAGGCUUAUGGAGCGGCAGCACCCAGUCAUGCUGGUGGGGACAGCGGGCACAGGCAAGUCAGUGCUAGUGGGAUCUAAGCUGGCCAGCCUGGACGCUGAGGAAUACACGGUGAAAAACGUGCCGUUCAACUACUACACCACAUCUGCAAUGCUGCAGGCUGUCCUGGAGAAACCCCUAGAAAAAAAGGCUGGCAGAAACUAUGGCCCUGCGGGCAACAAGAAGCUCAUCUAUUUUAUUGACGAUAUGAACAUGCCUGAAGUGGAUGCCUUUGGGACAGUCCAGCCCCAUACUAUCAUCAGGCAGUAUCUGGACUAUGGACACUGGUAUGAUCGGAACAAACUCACCCUAAAGGAAAUCAUGAAUGUACAAUAUGUCUCAUGUAUGAACCCCACUGCUGGCAGCUUCACCAUCAAUCCACGGCUUCAGCGUCACUUCAGUGUGUUUGUCCUCCCCUUCCCGGGAGCAGAUUCCCUGGCCUCCAUCUACAGCACCAUCCUGACUCAUCACCUGAAGCUUGGAAACUUCCCAGCAUCACUGCAAAAAUCCAUUCCCCCACUCAUCAAUCUAGCUCUUACCUUCCACCAAAAAAUCGCCAACACAUUCCUACCCACAGCUAUCAAAUUUCACUACGUCUUCAAUCUCAGAGACUUCGCCAAUAUUUUUCAGGGCAUUCUCUUCUCCUCAGUGGAAUGUGUGAAAUCCACACAGGAUCUAGUAAAGCUUUAUCUGCAUGAAUCCAACCGGGUUUAUCGAGAUAAAAUGGUAGAAGAAAAAGAUUUUGAUCUUUUUGAUAAAAUCCAAACAGAAGUUGUCAAAAAAAAUUUUGAUGAUAUUGGAGAGAUGGUAGGACAGACCGGAAGCUUGAACAUGUACUGCCACUUUGCAAAUGGCGUUGGUGAAUCCAAAUACAUGCCUGUGCAGUCAUGGGAAGUUUUGACUCAGACUCUGAUGGAAGCCUUGGAUAACCACAAUGAAGUCAACACGGUGAUGGACCUGGUUCUCUUCGAGGACGCCAUGUGUCACGUCUGCCACAUCAGUCGCAUCUUGGAGUCCCCGCGAGGAAAUGCUCUCCUGGUUGGUGUCGGAGGGAGUGGUAAGCAGAGCCUGACAAGGCUUGCGGCUUUCAUCAGCUCCAUGGACGUAUUCCAGAUCACACUAAGGAAAGGGUAUCAGAUCCCUGACUUCAAGGCGGACCUGGCCAGCUUAUGCUUCAAAGCCGGAGUGAAGAACGUCAGCACUGUGUUUCUCAUGACCGAUGCCCAAGUAGCUGAUGAAAAGUUUCUUGUACUUAUCAAUGAUCUCUUGGCGUCUGGAGAGAUCCCAGAUCUCUAUUCUGAUGAUGAAGUUGAAAACAUCAUAAGCAAUGUGAAGAAUGAAGUCAAGAACCAAGGUCUUGUUGACACCAGAGAGAACUGCUGGAAAUUCUUUAUAGAUCGAGUCAGACGGCAGCUGAAGGUGGCUCUGUGUUUCUCCCCUGUGGGGAACAAGCUAAGCAUCCGCAGCAGAAAGUUCCCAGCCAUUGUGAAUUGCACGGCCAUUGACUGGUUCCAUGAAUGGCCUCAGCAAGCACUGGAGUCAGUCAGCUUCCGUUUCUUACAGAGCAUGGAAUGUAUUGAGCCCACAGUCAGGCAGUCAAUUAGCAAAUUCAUGGCUUUCGUCCACACAAGCGUCAACCAAACAUCACAGAGCUAUCUGAGCAACGAACAGCGCUACAACUACACAACUCCCAAGUCAUUUCUGGAAUUCAUCAGACUCUACCAGAACUUGUUGGUCAGGAAUGGACAAGAGCUCAAGUCCAAAAUGGAGCGACUUGAGAAUGGGCUACUGAAGUUGCAUGGCACCUCUGCCCAGGUAGAUGAUCUGAAAACCAAGCUGGCCACCCAGGAAGUGGAGCUGAAACAGAAGAAUGAGGAUGCAGACAAACUGAUUCAAGUGGUGGGCGUAGAGACUGACAAAGUGAGCAGAGAAAAGGCCAUCGCGGAUGAGGAGGAGCAGAAGGUGGCCCUCAUCAUGCUAGAAGUGAAGCAGAAGCAGAAGGACUGUGAAGAAGACCUGGCCAAAGCCGAGCCGGCACUCACUGCAGCUCAGGCAGCUCUCAACACCCUCAACAAGACCAACCUGACAGAGCUGAAGUCUUUUGGUUCUCCUCCUCUGGCUGUCAGCAAUGUCAGUGCUGCGGUGAUGGUGCUAAUGGCACCGGGAGGCAAAGUACCCAAGGACAGGAGUUGGAAAGCUGCUAAAGUCACCAUGGCCAAGGUGGAUGGUUUCCUGGACUCCCUGAUCCAUUUUGACAAAGAGAAUAUUCAUGAAAACUGCCUCAAAGCCAUCAGACCGUAUCUACAAGACCCUGAGUUUAAUCCAGACUUUGUGGCCACCAAGUCAUACGCAGCGGCAGGCCUCUGCUCCUGGGUCAUAAAUAUCGUCAGGUUCUAUGAGGUGUUCUGUGAUGUGGAACCCAAACGCCAAGCAUUAAGCAAAGCCACAUCAGACCUUACCACUGCCCAGGAGAAGUUGGAAGCCAUUAAAACCAAGAUCGCUCACCUUAAUGACAACCUGGCAAAACUCACAGCCAAGUUUGAGAAAGCGACAGCAGACAAACUCAAAUGUCAGCAGGAAGCUGAAGUGACCUCGGGCACCAUUUCCCUUGCAAAUCGCCUGGUGGGAGGACUUACCUCGGAAAACGUGAGGUGGGCAGAAGCUGUGCAGAACUUGAAGCAACAGGAAAGCAAAUUAUGUGGAGAUGUCUUGCUUGUCACAGCUUUCAUCUCAUACCUUGGUUUCUUUACCAAGAAAUACCGGCAGAGUCUCAUGGAUGCCACCUGGAUACCUUACCUGAGCCAACUGAAAGUUCCCAUUCCCAUCACCCCAACCCUGGAUCCCCUGAGGAUGCUGACAGAUGAUGCCGAUGUCGCUGCCUGGCAGAACGAGGGCCUCCCUGCAGACCGCAUGUCCAUGGAGAAUGCCACCAUCCUCAUCAACUGUGAGCGCUGGCCGCUCAUGGUUGACCCUCAGCUACAAGGCAUCAAAUGGAUCAAGAACAAAUACGGUGAAGACCUCCGGGUCACCCAGAUUGGCCAGAAGGGCUACCUUCAAACCAUAGAACAUGCUCUAGAAGCUGGAGAGGUGGUGCUGAUUGAAAACCUAGAAGAGUCCAUUGAUCCUGUUCUGGGACCUCUGCUUGGAAGAGAAGUCAUUAAAAAAGGAAGAUUCAUCAAAAUAGGAGACAAAGAGUGUGAGUACAAUCCCAAAUUUAGACUCAUCCUGCAUACCAAGCUGGCCAGUCCUCAUUACCAACCUGAGUUGCAAGCUCAGGCCACCCUGAUCAACUUCACUGUGACCAGAGACGGCCUGGAGGACCAGUUAUUAGCUGCUGUGGUCAGUAUGGAGCGGCCAGACUUGGAGCGCCUAAAGUCAGAUCUCACGAAGCAGCAGAAUGGGUUCAAAAUCACCCUCAAGACAUUGGAAGACAACCUGCUCUCUCGCCUCUCCUCAGCAUCUGGGAAUUUCCUGGGAGAAACUGCCUUGGUGGAGAACCUUGAAAUCACUAAGCAGACAGCUGCAGAAAUUGAGAAAAAGGUCCAAGAAGCCAAGGUAACAGAAGUGAAAAUCAAUGAGGCCCGGGAGCAUUAUCGGCCAGCAGCUGCUCGAGCCUCUGUCCUCUACUUCAUCAUGAAUGACCUCAGCAAGAUCCACCCAAUGUACCAAUUCUCUCUCAAGGCUUUCAGUAUCGUCUUCCAGAAGGCUGUGGAAAAAGCUAUCCCCAGCGAAAGCCUCUCAGAACGAGUGACCAACCUCAUAGACAGCAUCACCUUCUCUGUGUACCAGUACACCACCCGUGGGCUCUUUGAGUGUGACAAGCUGACCUACCUUGCCCAACUCACUUUUCAGAUUCUGCUCAUGAACCAAGAAGUUGGAGCAGCAGAAUUGGAUUUCCUUCUUCGAUCUCCAGUGCAGACCGGAGUCACCAGCCCAGUGGACUUCCUCUCUCAUCAGGCCUGGGGUGGCAUUAAGGCACUUUCAUCAAUGGAAGAGUUCUUUAAUUUGGAUCGGGACAUUGAAGGAUCUGCCAAGAGCUGGAAAAAGUUUGUAGAAUCAGAAUGCCCAGAGAAGGAGAAAUUCCCACAGGAGUGGAAGAACAAGACAGCUCUUCAGCGCCUCUGCAUGAUGAGAGCCAUGCGGCCUGACAGGAUGGCCUAUGCUAUGAGAGAUUUUGUUGAAGAAAAAUUAGGAAGCAGAUACGUGCUGGGAAGAGCACUAGACUUUGCAGCCUCAUUUGAAGAAUCAGGACCAUCCACUCCCAUGUUCUUUAUCCUCUCUCCAGGAGUGGACCCGCUGAAGGAUGUAGAAAAUCAAGGUAAAAAACUUGGGUACACCUUUAACAAUCAGAAUUUUCACAACGUGUCUUUGGGACAAGGACAGGAAGUAGUAGCUGAAGCCACACUGGAACUAGCGGCCCAGAAAGGUCACUGGGUUAUUUUGCAGAACAUUCACCUGGUUGCCAAGUGGCUCAGCACCCUGGAGAAGAAACUGGAAGAGCACAGCAACAACAGCCACCCGGAAUUCAGAGUCUUCAUCAGUGCAGAGCCUGCGCCCUCCCCUGAGGGUCACAUCAUUCCCCAGGGCAUCCUGGAGAACUCCAUCAAAAUCACUAAUGAGCCUCCCAUGGGCAUGCAUGCUAACCUCCACAAAGCCCUGGACAACUUCACUCAGGACACCCUGGAGAUGUGCUCCCGAGAGACAGAGUUUAAGAGCAUCCUCUUUGCUCUUUGCUAUUUCCACGCUGUGGUAGCAGAAAGACGAAAGUUUGGACCCCAAGGAUGGAAUCGUGUCUAUCCCUUCAACACUGGGGACCUCACCAUCUCUGUGAAUGUGCUGUACAACUUCCUGGAAGCCAACACAAAGGUUCCCUAUGAUGACUUGCGCUACCUCUUUGGAGAGAUCAUGUAUGGAGGCCAUAUCACAGAUGACUGGGACCGGAGACUCUGCAGAACCUAUCUGGAAGAAUUUGUCAAACCAGAAAUGCUAGAAGGAGAACUGUGUCUGGCCCCAGGGUUCCCACUCCCAGGAAAUAUGGACUAUAAUGGCUACCAUCAGUACAUCGAUGCCAAGCUGCCCCCAGAAUCGCCAUACCUGUAUGGCCUCCACCCAAAUGCAGAGAUUGGUUUCUUGACACAGACCUCGGAGAAACUCUUCCGCACAGUGCUGGAGCUCCAGCCCCGGGACAGCCACACUGGGAAUGGAGCAGGAGCCACGAGAGAGGAAAAGGUCAAGACUCUCCUGGAAGAAAUAUUAGAGCGGGUAACAGAUGAGUUUAACAUCCCAGAACUGAUGGCCAAAGUGGAGGAACGCACCCCCUACAUUGUGGUAGCCUUGCAGGAGUGUGAACGCAUGAAUAUCCUCACCAGAGAGAUCCAGCGUUCGCUCAAGGAGUUGGACCUCGGCUUAAAGGGAGAGCUAACCAUGACCAGUGAUAUGGAGAACUUACAGAAUGCUCUGUACUUAGACACAGUGCCAGAGUUCUGGGCUAGACGAGCCUACCCUUCCACAGCAGGCCUGGCAACCUGGUUUUUGGAUCUUCUCAACCGAAUCAAGGAGUUGGAGGCUUGGGUAGGAGAUUUUGCAAUGCCCUCCACCGUGUGGCUAACAGGUUUCUUCAACCCCCAGUCUUUCUUGACCGCCAUCAUGCAGUCCAUGGCUCGCAAGAAUGAGUGGCCACUGGACCAGAUGGCCUUACAGUGUGAUGUGACAAAGAAGAACAGAGAGGAAUUGAGAAGCCCUCCUCGGGAAGGGGCCUAUGUCCAUGGCCUCUUUAUAGAAGGUGCUGGAUGGGAUGCUCAGGCUGGAAUCAUUACAGAAGCAAAGCUGAAGGAUCUGACACCACCCAUGCCCGUGAUAUUCAUCAAGGCCAUUCCUGCGGAUAAGCAGGACUGCCGCAGUGUGUAUCUCUGUCCCGUGUAUAAGACUUGUCAGCGGGGACCCACCUAUGUGUGGACUUUCAACCUAAAGACUAAAGAGAACCCAUCUAAGUGGGUUCUAGCUGGUGUAGCCUUACUUCUCCAGACAUAAGUUUCCUGCAGAAAUCACUGAGAAAAAAAAAAACAAGAAUGAGCUGGAGAUUACUCAGAGGAUCAC